UCAGUUUUUGUGUUGUAUUGCUGUGAUGACUAUUCUCUCAUGGAGAGGUUGUCAUUCACAGCAGCUUGCCUGUGGCAGAGCUGUUAAAAACAGCAGAAUCAUGGGAGGUCAAGAUGCAACACCAGGAAGUUGGCCUUGGCAUGCCAUUGUAGUAACUUAUGGACCUUAUGGAUAUAUUCAGUGUGGAGGUUCACUAAUCACCAACCAGUGGGUCCUGACAGCUGCUCGGUGCUUACCAUCUUCAAGUUACAACACUGUGGUUCAUCUGGGACGCUACAACCAGUCAGGUUCAAAUCCAAAUGAGCUGACUCAGAAAGUGGAAGACAUAGUCUGCCAUUCUCAACGUCCCGAUUACUACUACUACUACUACUGGCCAUACAAUAAUGACAUUUGUCUUCUGAAGUUGGCGUCUCCUGUGAUUUUCACAGACUACAUUCAGCCGAUAUGCUUGCCCUCAGAAAACAGCACUUUCUACAAUGGGACCAGCAGCUGGGUCACCGGUUAUGGUUAUGAUAAUUAUUAUCAACUUCCCAACAUCCUGCAAGAAGUUAACGUACCAAUAUUGGGAAAUAUUGAGUGCAGAUGCUACGUUGGAGACUCCAACUACUGGCUUCCCAAGAUUACAGAGAACGUUACCUGCACUGGGCCCAAAGUUGGAUGGAAGGGUCCAUGUUAUGGAGAUGAAGGGGAACCACUCAUGAUGAAGGCAGGAUCAGUCUGGAUCCAGAUUGGAAUUACUAGUUAUAGUACUUGUAUGGGACCUUCAAUCUACACUCGUGUAUCCCAAUACCAGAAAUGGAUCAGUGACACCAUCACCGGGACACCACCUGGUUUUGUUACCUUCACCUCCCCAGGAACUGACAGCGACUUAAACUUCAGCUGCCCAACAUCACCAUCUACAACCAUCCCUGCCCCUUUUAACACCACUGUCCCUACCCCUUUUAACACCACUGUCCCUACCCCUUUCAAAACCACUGUCCCUACCCCUUUUAACACCACUGUCCCUACCCCUUUCAAAACCACUGUCCCUACGCCUUUUAACACCACUGUCCCUACCCCUUUCAAAACCACUGUCCCUACCCCUUUUAACACCACUGUCCCUACCCCUUUCAAAACCACUGUCCCUACCCCUUUAAACACUACUGUCUCUACCGCUUUCAAAAGCACUGUCUCUACCCUUUUUAACACCACUGUCUCUACCCCUUUUAACACCACUGUCCCUACCCCUUUAAACACUACUGUCUCUACCCCUUUAAAAACCACUGUCUCUACCCCUUUAAACACUACUGUCUCUACCCCUUUAAACACUACUGUCUCUACCCCUUUAAACACUACUGUCUCUACCGCUUUCAAAAGCACUGUCUCUACCCUUUUUAACACCACUGUCUCUACCCCUUUUAACACCACUGUCCCUACCCCUUUUAACACCACUGUCCCUACCCCUUUAAACACUACUGUCUCUACCCCUUCCAAAACCACUCCAACCACACAUAGCAGUGGUGAAAAUCUGACCCAAUUCACUCACUUUACCUCUCUGUGUGUUUUUGUCAUGUUGCUCCAUCUGUGUGGUGGAAGUGUAAUGUAAUUCAGCACAUUUACUCAAGUUCUGUACAUAAAUACAAGUUUGAAAUACUUGUACUUUACUUGUGUUCACAGGUUUCAUAAGGUUUUGGAACUGUGAGAUAAAUGUUACAUGUUUUACUCCAAUAUAUUUAAAAGUUAAAGUCAUUUUUUCUCAACUAAAAACAUGAAAGCUAAAUAAAAUAUUGGGCUUUCUUUUAAAUUAAAUGAUUAAUUAAUACAAAAUGGCUAAAACAGGAACCACAUAAAAAGCUGUUCUUUUUUGUCUUUCCAGUCUCCUAAACAUUGUGAUUUUCUAUUUUUAUGUUUCAACCAAUUUGUUUACCUAAUUCAUUUUUGAUCAUUUUAAAGUUUUGACUAUAUCUUGGACAAACUGUGGACUAACAAAUCAAAUCAUUUUUAAAUAAUUCUGGGAAGUGAAAUGAUUAAAAGUUGUCAGACGCCAGGGCUUUUGAUCAA